CUGGCCUUUCGACCCUUUCCCCUUUCAGGCCUUGUUCCCCUUCUCUCUCCUGGUCACUCUCAGUCUACCCUCAACUCUUCUGCUUUGACCUUUUUUUCGAACCCAUUUGGCCCAUUCGAAUCGUCUCUCUCCCUCUCUCCACACAUUCAAAGCUAGAAUCCGCUCGCCCCAGCGGCAAACCAUUCAGUGCAAUUCAAUCCGGUUCAGUUCAUUUCGUCCUAUUCCCCAUCUCCCUUUGUUCCUCGCAUCAUCUCGUGUCGACCGCAAAGAGCGCCUUGCACCUCGAAUCAUCUCAUCUCGUCCUGUCCUUUGUUGUUCGCCUUUCGACAAGUCCAUUUCUCGCGACGUCCGGAUCUUCAUUCACGACGACAAGUCCCGGUCAAGAGAUAUCAUUAUCAGGGAGCGCAUCUUGAACUCUAAUCACAAUGGCUGCGAACACAAAGUUCCUGCGAGAGUACAAGCUCGUUGUUGUAGGUGGCGGUGGUGUCGGCAAAUCCUGCUUGACUAUUCAGUUGAUCCAGAGCCAUUUCGUCGACGAGUAUGACCCCACGAUUGAAGACUCGUACCGAAAGCAGUGUGUCAUUGACGAGGAGGUCGCAUUGCUCGAUGUCCUCGACACAGCCGGCCAAGAGGAGUAUAGCGCCAUGCGCGAGCAGUAUAUGCGAACUGGAGAGGGAUUUCUGCUAGUCUAUUCGAUUACUUCGCGACAAAGUUUCGAGGAAAUCACCACCUUCCAGCAACAGAUUCUGCGAGUCAAGGAUAAGGAUUAUUUUCCCAUGGUCGUUGUUGGCAACAAGUGCGAUCUGGAAGGCGAUCGAGACGUGUCACGACAAGAGGGAGAGGCACUUGCAAGGUCGUUCGGUUGCAAGUUCAUCGAAACAUCCGCCAAGUCCCGAAUCAACGUCGACAAGGCCUUCUACGAUAUCGUACGAGAGAUCCGAAGAUAUAACCGUGAGAUGCAAGGCUACUCAACUGGUAGCGGUGGCACUUCAGGAGCGAACGGUCCCCCAAAGCCCAUGGAUAUGGACAACGGCGAGCAAGAAGCUGGAUGUUGUGCCAAGUGUGUACUUAUGUAAAGGGAAUAAUAUCCAAGGGCGAAAGGGAGAACAUCUCGAGACGAGGCGGAUGCGAUCGGCGGGAUAUACCCGAUAUGUCUGGUUUCUGUCAACUGCACGCGACACGAUGUGAGGAUGCAAUAUAACCAAUAGGCUUUAGGAAGAGCACGGAGAUGAAAAGUUGAUUGCAUCGGACGGGAGUCAGGAUCUGGGUUCAUAUUCACAUUUGAUUUGGACGCAGCCAACGGAGAUACCCAGCGAUAUGGGAUUUAGGGACCCGGCGUGCUUAUGGCAGAGAAAGUGUCUUUGUGAGCAAUGCCGAUGGUUCAUGCUUUAUGACCCACGAUCCAUACGACAUGGAACAUGGAUCGGCGUUUCUCUGGAGUGGCUCGCUAUCUUGGACGUUGUGGAUAAACAAAGAAAAGAAUCGUCUUGAUACUGGAAGAGAGAGAAAGACAGGGGAGGGAGUCUGCAGACAUUGCGAAUGCCAGAUGCAACUAAAUGCAAUGCUACUCAUCCCAUCCUCAGGACCUCGCGAGAGAUAAAAUUCACCCGACCAUUUCCUUUUUUUGUUCUGUGUUGCCCGGGAGGAUGAAUUUUUCAAAGUACGGCUUCAGAUUCUCUAUAUCCUUAUUUUCAUACAUGUAAUUUUUUGCUUCUAUUUUUUUCUAUUUGUCAAUCUCGAGGUCUCCUUCUCUCCAGCAGCAAUGGUUCAGUCAGUCAGACAAUACAAGUACACAUCCCUUUUUCUUGCGGUUCAAACAUCUUCGUCUUUUGUCUCUUGAUGCAGAACAUUCCGUUCGACUGUGUUGUCAGCCACAUGGCUUUUCUCAUAAAACAAUCUGGAAUGCUUCAUGUCCGAGAUUCAUCGGUGCGUCCCCUUGAGUUUCUCGUGCAUGAUAGGGUGGUCAAGUUCCUGGUUCGCUAUGUUAGGUCAGUCUCAGCCUAUCUGCGUCGUCGGCAUCUUGUUACGUAUGAAAACUGAUAAGUCAAUUGCAAACCUAGGUUCUAUGUCUCAGAAACGCCAAACUCCGGAAUCCUCCCACCUUAAGUUCACAUGAACCAGUGUUUUCAGCCAUUCAUUCAUUACCUAGACAGACACCACUUCCCCCAGAACCCUGCCGGUGGCUAUCUCUCGAUGCGGACCGAGAAGCUUGCGCCCAAUAUUUAGAUUCCACAGCGGCUUAUCAAUCACCUUUGGCUGGUUGUUCACGUCGUUCUGUUCAUUCACAACCCAGUCAUUGCAAACGACACAAGCCCAUGCCGUCGGCGCGCCCGUUACAAAACCAUCGACGUUGGCCGAAACAUUGACCUGCUCACUGGGUUUUUGCGCAAGGCAACUGGGACAUACUGCCUUCUUGAAGCGCGAAAGCCGCCAUUCUUGCAUCAAUGCCGCUUGUUUCAUAACCUCUUCGGCAUAGUACAACCUAUGGAACCGGCAGAGCGAUGUUCCUAGCAUUCUGUUGGCACACGAACAGCCUGUCAGAGCCUCGGUACUCUUCUUGAGGUUGGCGGCUUUCGAGAGGCCGUUGACCAGUUUCCGUCUGUUUUGGGACUGCGCUUCAUCAGCUGCAAUGCCAUAUACCCGUCUAGUGCCGACAAUUUGAUUCUGGACCGCGUUCGGAGCACCGGCGCUCAUCUGACCAGCACACUCAUUGCAGAGAUAAGCACGCAUGCUGAGAAGUUCGCUUUCAGUUAUGGGAUUGUGCUCAUGCUGGAACAAAUACUUGACGUUGCCCCGGGUACAAUCAUUGCACACGGGGAAGUAUGGCAGGGCUGUGUUGCGAUGCGCAGAACUCUGGCAAGUAGCCUGACCAUGCCCAUCAGUGUUCCAAGCGGCACAUGAACCCCAUCCGCCCUCUCCCGGUUCAGCACAAUAACGCUUUGUCCUUAUAACCUUGUCUUCGCGAGGCACGUCACCAAGAACAUUACGCACAGGUGUUGGUUGGUUUGUUUGACCAUUGACAAUGGAAAAGAGGCGAACCUGAGACUCCUCUUCAGGCUCUUUAGACUUUGACUCAUGCCAUUCGCUCAUGUCAAUACCCUCGAGAUGAUUGAAGACCUUCCAGCGUGAGCCCUUUGGCUUCUCCGUGAACCGAGGUUUCUGGUCCGGACCGAAUGUGAAACCAAGGAAAGGAUUGAAAGCAUCUCGACCGUUUGCCUUCUUGGGCACCAGGCUUCCGCCAGCCGUUCUCUCUUGGGAUGACUUUUUGCUGCCUCUAGAGGUUUGAGGCUUGAGCCAGCGCUCCCCGCGACUCGCUUGGGAACGCCUAUGUGUCUGCCCGCCUUCCCAAUCUACCAAGCUUGAGAACUCAUCCUGGGAUUCGUUGCUUCCUUCUGGAGACUGAUCUGGAGCCUGCGGACCACUGUGUGGCUCUUGUUGGUCAUUUUCGGUGUCCUUGGCCAGGAUGGCACUGUUAGCAUAGGGCGGACGUUCACCACUUUCAUCGUCUGCGGUUCCUCGCACAAGUGGAGCCAGCUUCUCAUACCAGUUUUCGGUGUCCCCCGAUUGACUGUUUUGUUGGUCACCUGUUUGAUCUUGAGGCAGUCCCGUUUGUGAAUGGAAAUCUAGUUGCUCUUGAUUCAAGUUGCCCCAACCUUGCGGAGUUGGCGGAACGUGACCUUGUGCCAUUUGAAGUUCCCCAUGUGUAUAGUCAAACGGCUCUUGGUCGGGGCCACCAUGCAUUGGCUGAUCAGCUAGCUGUGAAUUCCGUGUGAGGGUAUGUAGUUGCUGUUGAUCAAAGCCUCCGUCUUGUCCGAAUGCUGCUGGAUCUUGGCCUGACUCAUUCCGGUAGUACGUAAAGUCAAGUGGUUGUUGUGCCGCUGAAGGUUGAUGUAGCUGCGUUUGUGGUGCCGAUACAUUUUGUUGAGGAUUGUAUCCGUUUCCAUAUUGAUUUGACGGUUGGUAUGUCAGCGAUGGUGAGAACCCCUGCGAUUGUGUGUCAUUCGCAUUUCCAAGAGCACUCGGAAGCAUAGGAUCUUGCGUUCCCCAAAUGUCAGAGAGCACAGGACCUCCCUGGAAGCAGCGCACGCCAGAUAUCGGCGGUGGCAGGUUGUGUUCCAUACCGGCCGUCUUCAUCUGGAGAUUCUGAUGGUCGCGCAGGAGAUCCCAAACUUUUUGGUACCCUUGGAGAUCGUUCUUUGGAACCUGGGGUUGUUGAUUGAGCCAAAACCGAGCUACCAACCAGCGCAACUCAGAGGCAGAUGUGUCCUUCAGUUGCUUGUCACCCGAUGGAAUGGGAGGGAGGGCAAUGCCCUCAGGCGGGCGAUGAUGUUGAUGAGAUGCGGCUACGAAUCGAUAUUGCUCUGGACCACCCUUGGCGUCGGUCAGGCCGUACAUAGGAGCUGCAGGACCAAUCCAGUGUUCGAGCUUUUGACCAUCCUUGAGAUCGUUGACACCUCCAGCGCCAUAUCCCAAGGCCAGGUAGUACAAAGGACCAGGACUAUAGGUCUCUUUGUUUUGCCUGUUGGUUAACUUGCGGCGGUCAAUACAUCCAAACUUUUUCCAAUUGAAAGCAUCGCAUUUUGCUUUGCGAUGUCUGCAACUAUCACAUGGUCUUUGUCGGUCACAGUUCAACCCAUGCCUGACACAUUGCGUGCAGGCAUUGAAAGGGGUGAAUUGUCCGAAACCAACCCUGCUCAAAUCGAAGAUUGGAUGCUGUCGAAAACGACCCUUUUCUUCCUCGACCAUACAGUCGAUACCAAGCUGCGUACAGCGCUCACACGCGUUGUAUGGCUGGUGCCACAUGACCAGACAGUCAGUAAUCUUCCCAGCUGUCUUGCAUCCUUGACACGGCUUUCUCCAAGUUGUGUUGGGCAGCACUUCCGCAUAUUCAUGCCAUUUUUCUUUGUCCCCCUUUGUAUUCUCUUUGUCCGCCUCGAACUCGGGGCGUAUCUUCCAGCUUUGGGGAAUAUUCUUUGCAUUGAAAGAAAAACCGUCCAUGAGCUCUCCAAGGUCCAAACAUAUUGUCCCAUCUCUUUGACAUUGUUUGCAGGCUCGCCUUUCCUCCCACUCUCCCCUGUCUCUAAUCCAGCUGCAGCAAUCGUCUCCCUUCACGUCACCGUUCUUGUGACGCAAGAAACAACGAUCGCAUGGAUGUCGGUACCACGGUCGACGUGUGAGCUUCUUUGGCCGUCUCAGGGGCAUCGUUUCAGAUAGGUCAACCUUGCACUCCCCCUGUCUUCGACAAUUGAGGCAAUAGUAGCCUAGUAUCGUAUCGACAUCGCAUAUUCCUCCCUGUUUCUUCCUGGCACAUGCGUCGCAAGCCGUCUUCUCAUACCCUUGAGGAUCGCCAACGCCGUACCUUUUGUGCUCGAAGUGGAUCAGCGUUUUAGGACCUUGAACCAGGCACUUAUGGCCGGCCAGCUCUGGGUUAUCCUUGUUUUUAGAGCGGUGAUCAGCGCAGUUGGUGCAUUCUAGAUCAUAUACUUCGGGGCCGUUGCUUUGUCUGACCUGUUCCCAGUUACAUUCCUUGCUCUGCGGGUUUUCACGACAAAAGAUGCAAAUUGUCCCUGCAACGACCUUUUCAUGAUCUUCUUUCUUGAGAUCUUUGAGAUAAUUGCUCUUCGUCUUGGAGGCAGCCGGUUCUCCCCUGGGCUUCUUUUGCGGCCUGGGAUCCGAAACAAGAUCAUUUUCACCAUCGUGUUCCUCUUCAUCAAUAUCCGCUUUCCGUUUCCUGGUUCUCUGGAGUUGCCUUGAUGAAGGUGAUGUUGUGUUUGGGGCGGGCCCGGGGAUUUCAGAACUAUUGGCGUUGUCUCCUUCGUCGCUAGAAGUGCUCGGCUGAAGAUUUCUCAUCCUUUUCGGAGCGGGCACCGUGGUAUCUGGGGAAGCCGCACGACCUCUCUUCUUGGGACUGGGGCCACCAAAUGAUGCCUGAAAAGUUGGAGCAGAGGGAAGAGCAAGAGGAGUGUUGACCACAUUGUGAUGAACUGCAGUGGAAUGAGGCUCAUGUUGACUUUCAACAGGCGCAGGUUCCGCAGGCGUAUAAUCAACGUUCCCCGUAUUAUUCGGGUCAAGGUCAGUUGAGCCAGGAUCUUCAAUUGGAAAUAGAUUUGGAACGUCAAGAGAAGAAUCGUUGUCGGAUGGAAUCAUUGCCACAUUAUCUGUGUACCUCUGUAGCAGAUGCCGAAGCCGACACAGAGCCGAAUCACAAGCCUGUGCCUGUGCCUGAGGAUUAGGAGCAGGGCGCUUGAAUAUCUCGUCUAGAAUACCGUGGGAUAUCUUAGGUAUAUCUCGCGUCUCACAGUUCAAGUCCUCCGGCUGAGAAGGGUUCGGCUGGUUCGCAUGCUGUACUUGGGGCAUCGGAGGUUGUUGCCCCCCAGGGUUCAAGCCAGCGUUCUGUCCGUUAGAACCCUGAACAGGCUCAUUGGGAGCUGUAUUGCUCAAGCUUGGAUCCCACGAAUUUCCAUGUAUCGAAUACUGAUUGGGAUAUUGGCCUGGGUUUUGACCCUGAUUUCCGGUCUGAUUCUGGUUCUCAUCAUCAGGAAGCAUGCUGUUGUUAGGGUUUCUCGACAUGUUGUUAUAGUCUCGAGAGAGAAAUUCCGACUGUUUAAUUCUCGAUGAAUGAUACGGUACUUUGAACUGAAGGAGUUUGUAAGUAUUUGAGGGCAGAUAAGUUGGAGUCAAAGUGUGCUCCCUGAGCUAGUUUGUCAGAGACGGACUGCACAACAACAUAAAUAAUAGAAACAAUGAGAGUCCUGUUUAUAAGUUUUAAUACGGA